AUGACUGACUCCCGCACCUGCUGUGGUGAUGCUGUCAGCACAAGAACAGACUGUCAGCACAGCACACUGUCAGAACAACAACAGACUGUCAGCAAAACAACAGACUGUCAGAACAACAACAGAUGGUCAGAACAACAACAGACUGUCAGCACAACAACACUGUUAGAACAACAACAGACUGUCAGAACAACAAUAGACUGUCAGAACAACAACAGACUGGCAGAACAACAACAGACUGUCAGAACAACAAUGGACUACUUCAUCAAUCCACAACCUCAUCAGUCCGUGACUCCAUCAGUCCAUGACCCCAUCAGUUCACGACCCCAUCAGUCCACGACCCCAUCAGUCCACGACCCCAUCAGUUCACGACCCCAUCAGUUCACGACCCCAUCAGUCCACGACUUCAUCAAUGCCCCAUCCCAGACCCAUCAGUCCAUGACCCCAUCAGUUCACGACCCCAUCAGUCCACGACCCCAUCAGUCCACGACCCCAUCAGUCCACACCUCAUCAAUCCACAACCCCAUGAGUCCACGACCUCAUCAGUCCAUGACCCCAUCAGUCCAUGACCCCAUGAGUUCACGACCCCAUCAGUCCCGACCAGUCCACGACCAUCAAUCCACAACCCCAUGA